CACGGAAAAAGCAGGCGCGCGGUCGCAGCUCCUGAGGACGGCGAGAGGAGGAGACGGUGUUUGGAGACGAGGUUUGAGUCGAAGAAGUGAAAAACUGCAGUUUAAAGCUUAACUCCUGAUGUUGAUCAGGUUGUUAAUCUGUCAUCAGCUCCAGACCAAUAAAUCGAUCCUGCCGUGGACUCGUGAUCGCCGCCUGACCAACCUCCACCGCUGCAGCUGGAACGCUGAUGACCGCCAUUGAUGGCUGAUACUGGAUUAUUGACCACGUCUGAACCACAGAGAAGCAGCUGAUGAAGGAAUAUUUGUGAAACUCAAACCUCUACCUAAUUUAGCAGAUUUUUAUUUGUCAGCUGACACAUUGCAAAACUGUGAUUGGUUGGCGCUCCGGGGAAGCUCUUCCUUACUGGUCGAAUAUUAAAUACGAACGAAUCACAGCAGGCUGAUCAAUGGCAGCGUCAGAACUCAUCGAGGACGAGGACAGAGUCUGCCGCCACGUGGAAGUUAAUGCGACCGCAGUGAACGCCUCUACACCUCCUCAUCCUCCGAGCGUUGCCAACGGUACCCCAACGUGCCCCGCCGACGCGCUGACGGCCCCCACCGACGCCCACGACGGCGGCAAACUGAGCAGCCUGAUGAAACAGAACAAGCUGAUUAACUCCCUGAGCAGCGGCCUGAGGCGCCACUGCGACUACGUGAAGAUCUCCGUGCCGGAGGAGCGGGCAAACCGCCUCCCCAAGGAGUGGUGGAAGACGGGCGUGGCCUUCCUCUACGCCCUGUUCAUCCUCAUCUUCACCACCGUUGUCAUCACCGUCGUCCACGAGAGGGUGCCGGACAAGUCGGUGAGCCCGCCGCUGCCGGACAAGUUCUUCGACUACUUGGACCGAGUGCCCUGGGCCUUCACCGUCACCGAGGUCAACGGGCUGAUCCUGGUCGGGCUCUGGCUCAUCCAGUGGCUCUUCCUCACACACAGAGCUAUAGUGGGUCGUCGCUGUUUCUUCCUGAUCGGGACUCUCUACAUGUAUCGCUGCGUCACCAUGUACAUCACCACCCUGCCCGUGCCUGGAAAACACAUGGUCUGCGCUCCAAAGCUGUACAACGACUCGACGGGGAAAAUCUGGAGGAUUUUGAAGCUGCUAUCAGGAGGAGGUUUGUCUCUGACGGGCUCUCACCUGAUGUGCGGUGACUUCCUGUACAGCGGUCACACCGUCAUGUUGACGCUGUCCUACCUCUUCAUCAAAGAGUACUCUCCGCGGUGGAUGUGGUGGUAUCAAUGGCUCUGCUGGUUGCUCAGCGCCUCGGGAGUCGUCUGCAUCCUGAUCGGUCAUGAGCACUACAGCAUCGACGUGGUGAUCGCAUACAUCGCCACCACCAGGACCUUCUGGUGGUACCACACCAUGGCCAACACACAUACGCUGCGUCGAGCUCCCAACAACUACCUGUCGAGGACGUGGUGGAACCCGAUCUUCAAUUUCCUGGAGGGGAACGUUAAGACGACGGUUCCCAUUGUGUUCUCGUGGCCCGUGGCCCUGCCGUCGUUCUGCAGACAGCGGUACAGGAUGGUGGGUGCGGGGAGGGACGAGUGAGGAGGGCCCGAGUUGAAGCAGCAUCCCUCCUGUACCAAAGUACACAGAACUUUAACAUCAGUGUAUUUAUUAGAUCCAGCAUUUCCAAACGUGCCAGUAAAUCCAACCUGUGGUAUUGUAUGAGUAUGAUGGCGUCAAAAUUCAAACCAUAGAGCCGCUGCAGCUUCUGAGCUGGACUUCAGGUGUCUGUGUGAAGGGUUUUCUGGGUUCAUUUCACAGGAUAAACCCUCCUGAUGUUCCACCGACGGACCGACCAGCUGAAGAGGUACAGGAACUAUCAGGGUGACGACGGUGGUUAUUAACUGCUAGCUAAGGCUCCUGGUAUGCUUGAUUGUAGACGAGCAGCUGUGAUACCAGUGUUAUUGUUCGCAUACUUGCCUGUGUGAUUUGUGUGAAUCUGAAGUACUGAAGUAUUAAAAACGUUUAUCCACUGGCCGACACCAGAAUAUCUUCGAGGAGAACCACAAACAUACGCAGAACUAAACACCGUGACAUAACUCCUGAAACAUGAAGACGUUUUGAGUCGGGAGAGCGUUUACUUACAAAACACGAGGUUCACUGUCUUCUCAUCUUCUGAUUAGGGCUGGGUAUCAUGAAGUCUUUUCAUACUAAUGCCGUACUACUACAGUAGUACUCCUUUAUAGCAGCAGUUAUCACUGUGGGGAUAGUAGUAAUUGUAGUAGCAAAAGUAUUAAUAGUAGUUGUAGAGGCACUAGUAACAGUUGUAGUAGAAGCAGCGCUAUUAUAAGUAGUAGUGGUACCUUUUUGUUUAUUUAUUUAAAGUCCAAUGUGUUCAACACAAGCAGCCGUAUAAGAACUUAUCUAAUGGAAACAAAGUCUAAAAUCCUCUGACGAUUUAAAUCCGUAAGUAUCUGAUGACAAGAAUCUGACCAGACAUUCAGCAGCUUUGGGUUCUUGACAGUUUUUGAUAUUCUGUUCGGUACCAACAAAAGUUUCGAUACCCAGCCCUAAACACAACGCAGAGGGACUUCAUCUUGUCAGCAUGCUAACAGGGGAAGCUUUUGAGACACAAGAAUACAUUUACAGGAAAACUGAUGGGAGAGAAAAGCAGUGAAUCAAGAAUUUCUCUUAAUUUGGUUUAGCAACAGCUGUGGAGCCAAGAUGGCUGCCGCUAAAAACAAACCAUCUGUCACUUUGAUUGAACUGAUGGAACUUGUCACAUCUAGAUUUAUCAACAAACUUGUGUUGCAUUGUUGAAGUGCCAAACAACCAAUGUUUUGUACUCGGCGUUACAAAAAAAGUGGAGUGAAAUGUUGUGCUAGUGAAAUUGGUGCAGCUCAUUAACCUAAAAUAUUUUGAUGAAGCCAUUAAGCUAAAAUAAAUAAGUUUAGCGUAGAUCCCAAGCAAGACAAAUGACACUACAUGUUUAUAUGUUGAGACAGUUUCUUACUGUUUAAUUCAUAAGCUAGUUAGAGACAGAAGAAUGAAGUCUGUAGCUAGCUGUGUAGCAUCCAUUUAAUAUAAAUUUACCUCCUGCCAACAAAGCAAAAUGACAAUAUUCAAACAUUGAGAUUAAUGCUCACUUUGUUUGUAAGCUAGCUAGCUAGCUUCUAGCUAAACUGCUAGUAAAUUAACAUUACAAGUGCAAAACAACGGUUGGGUCCUCAUUACUUUAUGAGUAUAUUUAAUGAGUAUUGUUGUUUGUCUUUAUGUAUGUGAUUUUUGUUAAGUUAUAUAUUCAAGACAAUGUGUAAAGUAUUGAGCUCCCUGUUGUCUAUUUUGAUGUUUCACUGUUUUGUUCAUUUUAUGUCAUUCUUUAUUGUGAAAUAAAUCUGUGAAACAGUCA